GGGCGGGCUCAGCGCGAGGGGCGGGGCUAAUGCCGGAGCGUGCGGGGCCGGAGGCCGCCCUCCAUUCCUCACGGCGAUGGCCUCCCUCAGCCUAUCCGAGCUGCUGGACGCGGCCAUCGGGACGCCCGAAGUUGGGGCCGUCAACUUCACGGCGCUGCACAGCCUGCUGUACGCCAUGCUGCAGCACCUGGGCCUGCAGCACCUCCCGGCCGUGGGGCGGGCGGCCACCCCCGGGGAGCACCCCCAGCAUCGGGGGCGGCCACCGGGCACUGCCAGCAGCUCCGCAGCCCCCGCCGUGCUGAAGGACGGGAGCGAAGGAGAGGACAGCGACGACUCCGGGGGCUCCGAGGCCGUGCUCCGCCCCCAGGACCUCCUCGAGGAGCUCGGUGGGAUGAGGGCGGCGCAGUCCCAAAUGGGAGAGGACCUGCGGGUGAUUAAGGGCAUGCUGGGCCUGGAGGACGGCCGGGACACCGCAGCGCAGCAGUGGGGCCGCCGUGAUGGGGUGGGGUCUGACAGUGGCGUGGGACGGCCGGGAGCGCAUCUCGAGCCCAAGCAGGGAGCUGACAGGGACCAACUUUCAGCCACCGAAUCCUCCGCGUCUGAUGACGACAUCCAACGCGAGGAUGGCCCGUGGGGACCCGCAGGGGGACCAGAGACACGGCCUGCAUCCAGGGCUGGCAAACGGACUGCAGGAGCACGGCCGGACCCCCUGGGGACGCAAGCAAGGAUGAGGAGAGCAUCACAGACCCCUGGGAAGUGGGCAGGCACUGCCUCAGAUCAAGCAGGGACACCUGGGGCCACUGCCACCACCCCAGGGACGCAGCCGGGGUCCCCUGGCACCCAGGUCACCACCCCAGGGACGCAGCCGGGGCCCCCUGGCACGCAGCCCAUGGCCCCAGGAACACAGCCGGGGUCCCCUGGCACCCUGGGAACACAGCCAGCACCCCCGUGGUCCCAAGGAGGAGCGGUUGGGGCUCAGCCGGGCCUCCCCAGCGCAGCACCCCACACUCAGACCGCCCCCUCCGAAGCCACCCCCGGUGCCAUGGGGACAGGGCUGGAUGAUGUACGCUCCAAAGGCAGAGGCGAAGCUUCGCAGCUCCUAUCACCCACUGCUCCGGGAGCUGAGACGUCCCCUGGCAUCGACACUGGCUCCGCAUCCCCUGCACGAGGGCUGGCAGUGCCUGAGGUCUCUGGCCAUGAUGUGGGGACAGCGGAGGCUCUCAAGCAGCUCAGCCACCUCUGCAGAGCCCUGGAGGAGCGGGUGGCCCGGCUGGAGGCCACGAAGUCGGACCGCACUGAGCUGGAGGAGCUGCGUCUGCCUUUCCUGGAGGGAGGCCAGGAGAGCAUCGCCAGCGUGCUGACCGACCUCCGGGACCGCCUGUCUGCACUGCAGGACGUGGCCAGCGACCUGCACGGCGAGAAGGAGAAGAUCAAACAGCUGCAGGAUGCCUUCGGGAAGCUGGGGGUGAUGGGGGCCGACGGGAAAGUGGACGGCAGCCUGCAGCUGGGGUCCGUGCUGCAGGAAAUGAAGAGGGAGCUGAAGGAGCUGAGGGAGAAGCAGGAUGCAGCCAGAGCCACGCUGGAGCAGCUGGUGGCUGACACUGCCAACCGCCUGCAGGAGCAGCUGGACGAGCUGCGCUCCAUGCUGGGCAGCACCGAGCUGGCCGUGCACCCCCCCGGCAGUGCAGAGCAGGACGAGGAGGCCCCGUGCCCGGUGUGCAGCACGGAUGUGGGGGCACAGCUGGGGCGGCUGCUGCAGCGCUACGAGCAGCUCCAGGAGUUGGUGGAGUCGGUGUCAGCGCGGCAGGCGGCGGGCAAGGCGGGCAGGCAGCGGGCGGGCAGGGGGCAGCAGGACGAGGAGCUGCUGAAGCACAUCCAGGCUGCCAUCACCCAGGUGCAGGGGGACUGCGAGAAGCUCAGCUGCGUCACCGGGAACCUCAUGGACGACCGCCACCAGAGGCAGAGGGACAUCGAGGCUCUGUUCCAGUCCCUGGAGAGGCUGGAGAAGGAGAAGGUGGACAAGGAGGAGCUGGUGCUGGAGAUCGACGUGAAAGCCGACAGAGCCGCCCUGGCCGGCAAAGUCAGCUGCGCCCAGUUUGAUGCGGCCGUGGAGCAGCUGAAUGGGCUGAUCGGGGAGAUGCUGAGCAAGGUGACGGGGCAGGAGCAGGACUGGCACCAGGUGCAGCAGAAGCUGAUUGAGGAGCUGGACUCCAAGUUGGACCGCCUGGAGUUGGCCCCGCUGCGGCAGCAGUUGGAGGAGCGCUGGAGGAGCGUCCUGAAGCAGCUGAAGGAGAGCACACCGCGGGUGGAGGCCGACGACGCUGCUGGGAUUCGGAAGCAGCUGCUGGCCCAUUUCCACUGCGUGUCCUGCGACCGACCCCUGCACAUGCUGGUGCCUGGACCGCACAUCGUGACCAUUCCACCGCUGCCACCGCUGCCUUCGCGCGCCGCCGUGCGCCCCCGCGCCACCUUCCAGCCGGAGCAUGGCCACAGGGAGCAGGGGGUCCAGCAGGUCCAGCACGGGUUCCUGCAGGUGCCGCGGCGCUGUGGGGGGCAGCACACCGUCACCCACCCACUGCAGCGCUGCCCACGACCCCCACAGCUCCCACCCUACGGCCCCGCGCCACCACAUCCCCAUGGCAUCGCCAAGGAGCACGCCGAGAUGGAGCUGCUGGGCCAGGAUGGGCACAUCUACAAGGGCCGGUGGGACGUUCAGCUGCCUGCCCUCGCAGGGAAGGAGGGCUCACCGAGGGAUAAGCCCAAGCUGUCCUCCAGGCACUGGGGUGCUCAGGACACCAACCUCCUGCCCACGCGGCCCCACAGUGCCCUAUCCCCACUCAGCCAGCCAGGCACACAGAGGCUGCAGGAGCAGCGCCCAAUGUCAUCCCACGGCCGCCUGCCCCACCUCUGGCCAUCACAGGGCAGAGAAGAAAGCCCCACAGCAGGGAGCAGAGGGGGAACCCCGUCUGAAACCCACCCCUGGGCACCCGGUGGGCCCAUGGGCUGCGGCCAGUAGCAAUAAAGAGCAGUGGAUGGGA